GAAUUCAAUUGUAGUUUUGCUUUUUCUUUUGCUGUAUGUGUCGUUUAUUUACAUUUUAAAGUUAAGAAAACAAGAGGGGUAGUAUUUUGAGAAUAACAUGGCUGAAGUAGCAGUUGAAGAAUGCAGUAUCUGUCGUGAAAGCUACAGGGAGGGAGAUGACAGGAAGACACUCCAAUGUAGUCAUGUUUUCCAUGCAAGUUGUAUUGAACAAUGGCUUUUAAUGAGAGGAAAUUGUCCAAAUUGCCGAGCGCAGGUCGCAGACGACACCUUGCAUGAAUCUGAAGAGGAGAAUGAUAUCGAAAGAACUGCAGAGGUUGAAGAAGAGGUAGUGAUUGUGAAUGGUAGUCGCAUUCCACGCUACAGAGGAAAUUUACGGUAUGAGCCAUCUCUCCAUAGAUACAUUACACCAGAAGAAGGUGUUACGAUGUACAUUUGUGGAAAGUUGUGUUGGGCUAUUUUCUUUGCAAUCAUGGCAUCUCUCCUUUCCCUUGUACUUGGAUUCUUCCUGACUGAAAACAUGUCUUGUUCAUUAUCGGUGCAGCAGACUUCAUCCACACAUCUACAAGUAGUACACGGAGGAAAAGUUAUAAGGAAUUCUGGAUCUAAUUACUGGCACGACAGACUUCACAAAUUAAACGGAAUAGCAGGUUCAGUUCCAAUACGCUUUCUUCACAUGAUGGACAUAGAAGUUAUGAUAUAUUACACAAUACAUGAAAAACUGGAUGUUGGAGAUGUCAUAUCACAAAUUGGAUUCAUGCCAACACAGUUCUUGGAUGAUAAUGUAUUAAUUCAGGACGAGCAUGGAUUGGUUAUGUCUGUCUUGGUGUGCCAUGACGAUGAAAUCUGUUUGGCAAUCAUUAAUUAUGGCGUGACCAUAAAAGAGAUACCUUUGUCGGAUAACGGAAAGAGAACGGAGUUUUCUGGCAAACUAACAUUACGAAGAUUACAGCAGAAUAUUUCUGCUUACUUGAAGACGCUUCAUUUGAAAACGACAUCAGAGUCGAAAAGCAUGACUGACAAUAACAAUGUAGAACAGGCAAGCUUCCAGACCACAGACAUGCCUAAUACACUGGCACCCGAGGGUGUAUAUGUACAUACGCUUGAAAAAAUUAACAACCUUCGCGAAGACUUGUGGCCAAUCUUUGUCGUGAAUAAAAAGAAAGCCAUUACGGCUAUUCUUACUUCGCACCUUUUUCAUGAACCGUCAUGUAAUAAGAAUGUGUUUAUGGGAAACGAAGGACACUCUAUAAGUAAUAAAAAGCACACUGGAUUUAAAAGAUGCGGACGAAAUUCGAAAGCCGAUGAUAGAGGAGAAACUGAUCAUGCAAAACACAUUGCUGCGACAGGCCAAAUAUACAGCAUCAAUCCAUUCCGUUUUUAUCUGAAGAGUUAUAAUUUUUCCGUUAGUUGUGAAUUCGCUAAAGGUUUGAAGUAUAAUGAUUCCAAAGAAGAGGCUAUUUUUCAAAUUUAUUUACAAACAAGGAAAAAGUAUUCGAAACAUUCUGAAUAUUUUGGUAUUUCAGUGCAACUGUAUAACCGGUAUAUUUGGGUACAUUACGUAUAUAAUGAUACAAUGAUUACACAAGAUGCAUCAUUUUUUAAAAACAGCUUUGCAAUGAAAAAGUUAAUGUUUUCUUUUGAAAUUAACUCUUACCUUCACACAAUAAGACUGGACGUUCACGGUCUGGACGACAACAAAAGAAAAUCACAUCAGUUUGAAAAUAUAAUUUUCUAUCAAAGUCCACAUGUUCUUCUGGGAAUAACAAAUCAAGCUAUUGUGGAAAUCACAGUCUCAUAACAAUAGCCUAACAAAUAUGAAGGAAGUCUUCCUACAAGUUGUUCGUGUAUGUGGACAGUGUAAAAUAAAGAAAUCUUUCUACAAAUUAUUGCUGUAUUUAAAGAUUGUCAAAUGAAAGACUUGUGUAUGUGUAACUUGUGUUUGGUGAACUUGCCGUUUUUCUGUGAUAUAUGUAUAUUUACAACUGGGGAUCUGUUGGAAAUUUAUAUGUAAUAGUAGGCUACAACAAUCGGUAAACUUGGUAUAAUGCCUUACCAGUAUGUGGAAUUUAUAACGGAGAUAUUGUCAGGAUCCACUGGAGUCUAAUGAUCGGGGUGCUAGCUUCACACCCGGAGGUUCAUGGUUCCAUUCUCGAUCUCGAUACAUCAAACCGGAAAUGUUUAGAAUAGCUAGUGACUUCCCUCGUCAAACCGGAAAUGUUUAGAAUAGCUAAUGACUUCCCUCGUCAAACCCGAAAUGUUUAGAGUAGCUAGUGACUUCCCUCGCCAAACCCGAAAUGUUUAGAGUAACUAGUGACUUCCCUCGUCAAACCCGAAAUGUUUAGAAUAGCUAGUGAAUUCCUUCGUCAAACCGGAAAUGUUUAGAAUAGCUAGUGACUUCCCUCGUCAAACCGGAAAUGUUUAGAGUAACUAGUGACUUCCCUCGUCAAACCCGAAAUGUUUAGAAUAGCUAGUGAAUUCCUUCGUCAAACCGGAAAUGUUUAGAAUAGCUAGUGACUUCCCUCGUCAAACCGGAAAUGUUUAGAAUAGCUAGUGACUUCCCUCGUCAAACCCGAAAUGUUUAGAAUAGCUAGUGACUUCCCUCGUCAAACCGGAAAUGUUUAGAAUAGCUAGCAACUUCCCUCGUCAAACCCGAAAUGUUUAGAGUAGCUAGUAACUUCCCUCGUCAAACCGGAAAUGUUUAGAAUAGCUAGUGACUUCCCUCGUCAAACCCGAAAUGUUUAGAAUAGCUAGUGACUUCCUUCGUCAAACCGGAAAUGUUUAGAAUAGCUAGUGACUUCCCUCGUCAAACGCCCGGUAUUAGAAGUGAAAAUUAUGUAACUUUAAAACGGAGGUCCCAGUAGGUGUUGGCACGAUAAAUAACCUUAGCUUCUUAGGCAUCGAUCACCCUGCAUAGGUACUUCAUAAAAACCCUUACAAACAGAGAAACCUUGCUGGAUCCAUUAAAUGUUCUACCCCUAUCUUUACUCCUCACAGAUAUGUUAACUGUUUUAAAGGAGAAACUUUAGACGUAUUGUACCACAACAUAUGCGAAAAGUGAUGUAAAUUAAAUAUGGAUACUAAAACAAAAUUCCAAAGAACUUUUAGUAAUUCAUGUUACAUACCAGAUAAGCCACAUUUAAAUAGUACUGUGCGACUACAUAUGUCAAAAGUGGUGUAAAUCAAAAGUGGAUUCUAAAAAAAAUUAUAAAAAACUUUCCCCCAAAUCAACAGCAUCAAAAUGAUGACUUUUCAACACUUUACACGACUAUUCCUCGAGAUAAAUUAAAGAUAAAGCCUUUUGACAUUAUAGACAGCUGCUUGUUCAAUAAAAAUGGAACACGGAACUAUUCAUAUCUUGUGAUCACUCAUUCAAAAAAUUACUUGGUUAAACGCCACUCUGAUUCUACGGACAGAUACUCUGAAGUUGAUAUUAAAAAGAUGCUGGAGUUCCUCAUUGACAAUAUAUACGUGGUCUAUGGAGAUCAAGUCACCCAACAGUCUGUUGGAAUUCUCAUUGGCACGAAUUGUGCUCCUUUAUUAGUCGACCUUUUUAUAUUUUAUGAUGUGGAAUUUAUUCAAAAGCUUCUACACGAGAAGAAAGAAAAGACUCUUGCUGUGACUUUUAACUCGACAUUUAGAUAUAUCGACAACGUUUUAUUUAUUUUCGAUGUUCAAUCAUAUCUCGAUUCGAUAUAUCUCGGUGAAUUGGAAAUAAAGACACUACAAAAUC